AUGAUGAUGGACAAUCCUGCGCUUCAUCAUCAACAAAUCAUCCAAAUCAACGCAACUAAUCCUCCGAUUGUUGCCAAUGUCCAACAACAGCAAGCUAUACCACCGAACGCGAAAACGCCUGGCGAAAUGGACAACUUUCUUACCAUUCGCUUGCUUAUGCAAGGCAAAGAAGUGGGUAGCAUCAUCGGUAAACGUGGUGAUAACAUCAAAGCAAUUCGAGAAGAAAGUGGUGCUCGUAUAAAUAUCAGUGAUGGGACAACUCCUGAACGAAUUGUAACUAUGGUGGGAACAAUCGAAACUUUGUCAAGAGCAUUCGAUAUGAUUUGUCAAAAGUUCGAAGAUGAUUUAAAACAAACGUGUACAACAAUUCCACCUAUAACUUUGCGACUUGUUGUACCAGCAAGUCAAUGUGGUUCGAUUAUUGGUAAAGGUGGUGCGAAAAUCAAAGAAAUUCGAGAGACAACAGGUGCAUCUGUUCAAGUCGCUUCGGAAAUGUUACCGACAUCAACUGAACGCGCUGUGACAAUCUCAGGAAAGCUCGAAUCAAUUGAAUCCUGUUUUCGACAAAUAUGCCAGAUUAUGCUUGAAUCGCCACCAAAAGGUGAAACAGUUCCAUAUCGACCCAAAAUGAUGAUAUCACCUGUUCAUGCUCCAAUCAUUUUCGCUAAUGGACAAGCUUAUCAAGUCCAAGGCCAAUUUGCUAUACCAUUACCACCAAAUGAAUUGAAUGCAUUUGCUCCAUUAGCCUCUCUUGGACCCGGCGUGCCUUUACCUGCUGCACCUUUGAUGCCAAAUGGUCUUCCAGCAAAUCGUGCGACGCUGCAAUCCCAACGUGAGAUUACCAUUGCCAAUGAUCUUAUCGGUUGUAUUAUUGGUCGUGGAGGACAGAAGAUCUCUGAAAUUCGGCAAGCAUCGGGUGCGAAUAUCAAAAUCGCCGAUUUGGAUGAAGGUUCGCAAGAUCGUCAUGUAACUAUAUCUGGCACACCGGAACAAAUUCAAUUGGCUGAGUUUUUAAUUCAUUCAAGAAUUGCAUCGGAAAUUGGCGGAAUUUUAAUAACUCAUUAA